GAAGGACGACAAGCUCGUGUGGGUGAAGUUCUCAGUGAAGGCGUCGAAGCUGGAGGGCGAGAUGCCGCCCACCAAGACGCACAUCCACGUGGGCGUCAAGGGGCAGAACCACCACGCGCUGCUCGACCUGCCGUGCAAGUACGAAAAGUAA